CAGUACUUCUCAACGUUUCACACGCACGAAGUACGUUUUACCGAGCAUUUGAUAAAUGUACUGGUACUGGCCAUGUUCUCUCAUCAUCUCCGGUGGUGAAAUAAAAAUUGCCAGGAUUUUUACAUCCCGCGGAUAGAUGGGCACGCACAUCCGGGAUUAUCCAGCGGUUCUAGGGGAAUGGAAUAUGUGUAUGAUCGUGCUGUGAGGAGCGUACGUGGAACUGAUACUAUAACGAGUGGGAUUAUUUGAUUGACAUUUCUAUUGAGCAAUCGGUGCUCCCAGACCCACUGAUCAACCUAAUUAUGGUUUACCAUUGUGAGCCGGUAAUUACUCAUAAAUAAUCGGUAUUUUAUAAAGAAUUUACUGGUAUUUCUCGGUGCAAUAAUGCUGGAGAUAAGUAUCCGUUCUGGCAUUCAAUAUUCUUAGUGAAGUAAUCGUGACGUAAGUGUCGUGACGGGUUUCAAGUUGUUUCAAACGUAAACGAAGUUGUGAUUCAAAAUGACGAGAAAGUUGAGUAAAUUUCUUAUUCUGUUUGAUAAUACGAAUCUGCUGUACUUCCCUGGGCAUUUCCUCUCGGGGAGAGUCCUCAUUGAGCUCGACGAUGAAGCUUACGUAUCGGGCCUGCACUUCCAUGUUAUCGGCGAGGGGGUGGUACGGCUGAGGAGUCAACGGGCUGAACGAGUCUACGACAAGGAAAAUUACAUAGACUUUCGUAUGCGAUUGCUGGGAGAGCCAGGCGAGGGACCGUCACUCCUGUCCCCAGGCAUCCACAGCUUUCCCUUCAAACUGGGCUUACCACUUGGUCUACCAUCAACAUUUCUUGGUAAACAUGGGUGGGUGCAGUAUUAUUGCAAGGCUGCACUCCGCGAACCCGGAGGGCUGACCCACAAAAAUCAACAGGUCUUCAUCGUCAUGAAUCCCAUCGAUCUGAAUCUAGAACCGCCUAUUCUAGCUCAACCGGCGAGGCUGGAGGUGGAACAACGAGUGGGUGUAUCUUGUGUCUCCGGAGGCCCCGUCUUCUGCAGAGUCAGCCUUGAUCGAGGUGGAUAUGUCCCUGGGGAGACUAUUGGUAUUUCAGCGACAGUGAGCAAUCGCAGUAAAGUAACGAUGAAAUCGACGAAAGCAUCGCUGACAGAAACUAUUCAGUACAUGUGCCGAGGAAAAGUUCUGGCAAGUGAAACCAGAGAGCUGGCAAGUGUAUCACGAGGGAAAAUACGCCCUGGAGAAGGAGAAGAGUGGUUGAAUGAGCAGAUGUAUGUCCCUCCUCUGCCCCCUACCAAUUUACGAGGAUGUCAUUUGAUCAAUGUCCUCUAUCAUGUUUACUUCGUCAUAAGUCCCAAGAGCUUGGAUAAAGAGAUUAAACUGCAGAUACCAAUUGUUUUGGCGACGUAUCCUUUAAGGCAGGAGGGCGCACCUGCAGGGGCCGCACCCUCCAAGAGGGGUGCACAUUAUCCCUCGACAUUACCAAUAUUCAGACCCUGGCUCGAUGACAAAGCGUUCGAGGUUCAAGAGUAGAAUUUUUCAUUGUACAGUCUCACUUUUAUAUACUGUGUAAAUGAAGAACCGUUAUUUAUUCAUUCUCCGCUGCCUGAUGGUGACAUCAGUAACCAGGAGGUAGAAAGUAACAAGUUGAUUUAACAAUUCAAUUCAUCAGAGAAAUAGUGAGAUUCUUCUAAAAAACUUCGCCAUCUCUUUUAGAUUCGAUAUUUGUCGAAGAUUCGAAUGGGUACUCACCAAUUGUUACUCUUGACCUGUUUACUACUGAAAUGUAAAUGUUUUAAUUGAUGUUGACAACAAAGGCAUUAAUGACACUAUGUUUUGUACAGUAAUAUAGAAAUUAUUGAGAUUUAUUGACUUAUACAGCUAAUUAUCGAAUAAAAAAUG